UACAACUCUCGCCAUGCCCCGCACCGGAAGUCUCCUCUCCUUCCCGCGCUAUAAGGGCGCGCGCCGCCGCCGCCGCUUAAAGGGGCCGCGUCCUGUGCGAGAUGUUUCCCGCUGGGCUCUGGCUCCUCUAGGAUGUUGGAGAACCGAGAGGAAGAAGUGACCACGGUGCGAGUGCAGGACCCCCGCGUGCAGAACGAAGGCUCCUGGAAUUCCUAUGUGGAUUACAAGAUCUUCCUGCACACCAACAGCAAGGCCUUCACUGCCAAGACCUCAUGCGUGCGGCGCCGGUACCGUGAGUUCGUGUGGCUGAGGAGGCAGCUCCAGAAGAAUGCUGGCCUGGUGCCUGUCCCAGAGCUGCCUGGAAAAUCCACCUUCUUCGUGGGCAGCACGGAUGAGUUCAUCGAGAAGCGGAGACAGGGAUUGCAGCAGUUCCUGGAGAAGGUGGUGCAGAACGUGGUGCUGCUCUCGGACAGCCGCCUGCACCUCUUCCUGCAGAGCCAGCUCUCCGUGCCCGACAUCGAGGCCUGCGUGCAGGGCCAGGGCACGCAGACAGUGACAGAGGCCAUCCUGCACUAUGCCAUGUCCAACUGUGGCUGGGUGCAGGAGGAGGAGGGUCGGCCCUCAGCGCUGCCCGGGCGGGACCCGAGAGCCAGCUGUGCCGGGCUGGGAAGCCCCCAGGGCUGCCCGGAGAGCCUCCCGUACUGGAGCGACUUCGGCGUGGACGACGCGCACUCGGACAGCCCCGAGGAGCCCCCGGGAGCGGGGCAGGACACGCAGUGACAGCCCUGGGGACGCCACCUGCCUUCCCAGGACCUGCUCCCUCGCUGGGAGAGGGGGCACUGUGGAAGCAGGGGGAUGGCCGGGCUGGGGGGACGGGGCUGCUCUGGGAACACGGCUUUGUCCCGGGCUCUGUCCCCGCUGACUCCUGACUGUCCCUGGUGUCCCAGGCAGCGCUUGCAUCGCUCUCCUCUUGGAGGAGGGAUCUCGUGGGUGGUGGAACCUGUGCUUGCUGUUCCUGCGGCCUUUGCCCUCUGGCUGGAGCAACAGCAGGGCUGGGUGGGGUGGCAGUGCCACCUCCCUGUUCCUGGCACAUCCCAGGGCAGGGUGGGAUAUGCUGCCUGAUGGGAAAAGGCUUUCCUUGGUGGAUCCAGGGCCAGCCCCUCUUCUCCAGUUUAGCCCCCCUGUGUUCCCCUCCCUCUGCAGCUCCUGGGGAGGGGAGAGGGGGCUCAGCUGCACAGACCCAGAGCCCACACAUGGGGUGCAGAUCCCACAUCCCCACCUGGGGCCUCCUGGCACAGCUUUCCCUGCAGGUUGGCGGCUGCAGCUGGGACAGCAGGAGCUGAGCUUCCCCCUGGGCAGGGAAUGAGUCGGGGGGGAGCACAAAGGGGGGGGCAGUUUGUCACCCCUGCCCUGGGACGGGGUGUCCUUCCA